UAUAAUAAUACAAUGCAAUGUAAUAAGAAUAGGAAUAGCAAUGAAGGUAAAAAAAUGAAUAGCGUAAUUUGGGCAUAAAAAAUCGGUGUGUAGAAACAAGUAAUAAGGCAGGAAAAAGAGAAAUGAUGCGAACCGCUAACUAACAAGUUUGAUUUCCUCCAUCUCUCAUUUUGUUAUUGUCUUUCCUUUCUAACUCUAUUCUUGUGCGCGUCAUUCCCGUGGCUACGCUUCCUUUUUUGGUUCUCGGACUCUCCUCUUACCCCUUCUCAUUGCUACCAUGAGCGAUGAAUUACGAGGAGAACCACAACCACCUCAUUCCUCGAGCAAUAACGUCCACAAGUCAGAAAAAAAACAAGUAGAUAAAAAGGAGAGUCCUUCUGUAAAAGGCAGACGACCUCGACCUGGAUUUUCUGAUUCUUUUUCUAGUAUUGAUUUUGCAAACUUAGACAUUGAAGAGGGAAGCCAAACUGAGUAUUCUCCUAGAAGUCAAGAAUCUGAAACACCAAGUUCAAGGGCAAGUACUUCUGAUUCUGAGGGCCAAGCAGGUUUAAGAGGAAAUCUUAAUAAUAAUAAUCAGUGGCGUGGUUUCUUUAAAUUACUCAAAAAGGGUUCCCAAAUGCCUUUUCAAACUUUUCAUCCGUUGAAAAAUGUUCCAAAACUUACUAGAAGAAAAAGCAAAAGAAUUAGGGAGGAUCUCAUUCCAUCUCUCAAUUCUCCAGCUCUACAGUCAUCUUUUGACUCUGAGUUUUGCUGCUUCAAAUCUUCAUGGAAAAAUUUUACUCUCUCGGAGAUUCAAGCUGCAACCAAUGACUUUAGCCAUGAUAAUUUGAUUGGAGAGGGAGGCUAUGCUGAGGUUUACUUAGGAAAAUUGGAAGAUGGAAACUUUGUUGCCAUUAAAAGGUUGACAAGAGGGUGCCAAGAAGAAAUGACUGCAGAUUUCUUGUCUGAGCUUGGCAUUAUAGUGCAUGUUGACCACCCCAAUAUUGCUAGAUUGAUUGGAUAUGGUGUUGAAGGUGGAAUGUUUCUUGUUCUUCAGUUGUCUCCUCAUGGAAGCUUGUCAUCCUUACUUUAUGGACCUAGAGAGAAACUGAAUUGGAGCCUUAGAUUUAAGAUUGCUAUGGGGACUGCUGAGGGUCUUCGUUAUCUGCAUGAGGGAUGUCAAAGAAGGAUUAUUCACAAAGAUAUCAAGGCUUCUAAUAUACUUCUCUCAGAGGAUUUUGAGCCUCAGAUAUCUGAUUUUGGGCUUGCAAAAUGGUUACCUGAUCAAUGGACUCACCAUACUGUCUCCAAAGUGGAAGGCACAUUUGGCUAUCUUCCUCCUGAGUUCUUCCUGCAUGGUAUAGUAGAUGAAAAAACUGAUGUAUAUGCUUAUGGUGUGCUAUUAUUGGAGCUCAUUACUGGGAGACAAGCUUUGGAUAGUUCACAGAAAAGUCUUGUGAUGUGGGCAAAACCUUUGUUAUCUAGUAAUAACAUCAAAGAGCUAGUUGAUCCAAUUUUGGAUGAUGCUUAUGAUGGAGAGCAGAUGAAACUUGUAAUCUUAACAGCUUCUAUGUGUAUAGACCAAUCCUCAAUACAACGACCAGUAAUGAGUCAGGUCCUACAAAUACUAAGAGGUGAACAAGAAUGCUUGAAAACCUUGAAAGGACAGAAAUCAAAACUUCAUAGGACAUACUCUGAAGAACUAUUUGAUGCAGAAGAUUACAACUCAACAAAGUUUUUGAGCGACAGGGAUCGACAUAUGGAGACUAUUUUAGGCAUCAGUAACUCUAACAUUAAAGAAGAAAACAGUCCAAAUUAGAUAUUAUGGUGUGUUGUGAUUCCGAUACAUAGAACUACAUAAGCUUACAUUAUAAGGAAGUGAAAUUUAUUUGUAGAUUAUGAGCUGAUUCCACUUGUGGAUUUAGUGUUGGCCAAAACAUUGAAGAGCCCUAUGUUCAUGUAGCAUGUGAUUUAUAUUUAUUAAAAAUGGUUUAGGGUGUAAUUUGUGAGCUCCAAUUAAACCUUAUACAUAAAUGGGGAUUCCCAUUUUCCAUCUUAUCUAAAGAGUUACAGUGGUUAUUAUCA